CUCGAUAUACUUAAUAUCGUAAAUGCUGUAGGAGGAUAGACGCCGAGAGCGCUGUUCUUGGCAUAACAUUAUUAGCUUGUGCGUCGCCGAGUGAGCUGGUUUUCGCGCCAAUUUCAGGAUAACACGCAUUUUUUUUUCUAACAAAAUGACGACCGCAAGUAUGCUGCUCACAGUGGGCACAACACUGGCGUCUAACGAAUGCGAGAAAGAUGACCUCAUAUCUUGUAAAGUGAGGAACACAGCAGCCGUCGAGUUGCGAGAAACACCGGCCACCAGGGAACAGGCUUUGCACAUUAUGAGAGAGUGGAUACAGAAGAACACGGACAUCAAAAACGUUAGACAAGAUGAUACAUUCUUACUACGUUUUCUCCGACACAAGAAGUUCAGUAUACCGAUGGCUCAACAAACGCUGCUAAAGUAUCUGAACCUAAGAAAAUUUUAUAGCGAUUGUAUGACAAACUUGGACUGCGAAGAAGCGAAUCUCAAGGAAAUUCUCAGUGAUGGGUACAUAGCCGUUUCCCCAGUUCGUGACAGCAAGGGUCGCCGGGUCAUCGUGUAUAACAUGAGUAAAUUCAACGCUACUAAGUUCACGUGUUGGGAUAUGGUACGCGCCCACCUGGUGGUCUACGAGACCCUGAUGGAAGACUCUACGGACCAGGUGCAGGGCUUUGUGCACGUGGGUGAUGGAAGCGGUUCCUCGAAGACACAUGUGACGUCUUGGAACCCUGUGGACUUCGCGAGGCUCCUUAAAUGGGGAGAGCAAUCUCUCCCGAUGCGUCACAAGGAACUGCAACUGUUCAACGUCCCGGCUGCUCUCAAAUACAUCAUCGAUUUUGCUGCCACGAAAGUAUCUCCCAAAAUCGGCAACAGAUUACAUCUACAUUCAAACGUGAAAAGCAUAUACAAAGAAGUCGACGUGGCCUGCAUACCAAAGGAGUUCGGAGGUGACAUUCCCAUGAAAGACAUGAUUGUCUUCACGAAGAAGUUGCUUCUGGAAAAAAGGCAAGUGCUCCUGGACCUGGAUAAGAUGGAGAUAUUGAGCACCAGAGGAAUCAUUUCUUCCAGAAACUCGACGAACAAUUUAAAGGGCGGCAUGGCAUCCGUGGAAGGCAGUUUUAGGAAGUUGGAGAUUGACUAGUGAUCAGUGUUGUGAGGAGACUUCUAAGCAUUUAUAUUGUAAGUCAGUAAUCUUGCGUGGAUCGUUUGAUGUGUAUUCGUAGGUAAUUACGGAAUGUAGAUAGGAAUAUAUUGCUCUGUUGUAUGAAAAUUUACCCCGUCAAUUAAGUAUCUACUAUAUAAAUGUAUAUUUAUAUUGACUCUAUGUAAACAUUAAAUUUAAAAUCAAUUUGAGAAUUAGGAUUGUGAUCAAAUUAAUAUUUUAGAUUCUCAAAUCGUUGUAAGAUAUGCUAAUGGACAAAAGGGCUCUUAAUAUAAUUAAUAGAUAAUAAUUCUCUAAUGUGAUCCAAUAAUGUUAUUAUUCAGAACUAAAUUGACAUUCGAUAAUGGCUGAUUUAGAUAGUUCGUCUAUUUCGACGGAAGAAUUAAGAUCGGUGAUUAGCUUAAUAAUUGAUGAAAACAAGUUUAUGAGUAUUAACUUGCUAGAUGUAAGAGCAACACUACAUUGUUACCAUUUUCUACUGACGUUGGAUUGUAGGUACCACAUGCUCGUGUGAAAGACGCUGCAUGUUGUUUCUUUACGUCAUAAUGUUUUUUACCAAAAAAUGAAAUCAACAAAUCAAACGAUCCCACAACUUCAAGACGGCUCAAAUUUCGGUCUCAGUAUAAAUAUUAAAAAUGUUUUAUACUGUGGUUCUGUUUAGAAUUCGGUUGAGGUCACUUAUUUAAUGCUCUCUUAUUGAAUGUGACAAUAAGGAGGUUUUGAUAUUAUGGUAUUCCGUCUUAUUUUUUCGGGUUAAUCAUGAUUUGACGUGCAAAUUAAUUAAGUUUACCUAUAAUGUAUGUUAGUGGAUUUAUUUUAAAUUAUGAAUAAAAGCUUCUUAGUUUAUAUCACGCUAGUACAUAAUGUUUAGUUUAAGUUUUAAUGUAAAUUGUAAUGUGAUAUCAAUAAAUCAUUGUAAAUUUUG